GGCCUCUCGCCGCCUCACGAAAUCGGAGAGGCCAGAGCGGCAGAGCUGCGCAUCAUACAUUUCUUUCCACCAGGUCGUUGCUGCGAAAAGCUUAGUGGCCUAGGCACCUAGCUAGCUACCAUGGCGUCGGUGGGCUUUGGCAGCACCGUGGCGGCCGUGGCGCCGGCGUCGUCUUCGGCCGCGGGCAGGAGCAGGCCGCGGCGGUCCGUGCUGGUCCUGCCCGCCGCCACGAGGGGCAGCCCCGCGCCGGCCAAGGAGGAGAAGAGCCUCGUCGACUUCAUCUUCGGCGUCAUCUUCAAGAAGGACCAGCUCGUGGAGACGGACCCGCUCCUCAACAAGGUCGACGGCGCGCCGGCCCGGGGCGGCACCACCUCCUCGCGCGCCAAGACGACCCGGGGCGGCACCACGGCCGGCGGCAAGAAAGCUGCCAGCAGCGACGACGGCGGCAGCGGCUUGGGGUUCAACAUCGGCGGGCUCUUCGACAAGAAAGGCUGAUUUCUGAAACUCGAAGCUGGAUCGAUUUGCUUUGGGAAAAUUGAUUGCAUAUAUAUACAUAUACGUGUGGUGUAAGGUGGCUCCCCCCUUCAAAACUCAAGUGAUUUUUUAUGUGAUGAUGUGAUAUACUUGAUGCUUCCCGCAGCAUUUCAUCUUCUUUUUUCUUCAGCUGAUCAAGAAUGACAUAUGGAUUAUUGAAAUUAUCAAAUUACCUACCA